GAGUGGGAGUGGGAAAGGUGAUGGAUUGGGGGAUCGGAAAAUGAGGAAGUGGAAGUGGGAAUUACGUAAGACACACAUAUAUAGGUUUGGUUUUCUUUUUAUUUUGUUGAUGUAACGAAUCCCAGCUCUCUCUCCCCUCUUCCACUCCCUUAUAAAUCCCCGUUUCCACUUGCUCCCCCUCUCCUUCGUUGACGAUAUUCCCUCCCCCCCUCUUUCUCUCUCUCUCUCAAACAACAAGAUUCACCACCGCCGGCGAUGCAGGGAGUCCGCAGCUGCCGGCCGCUCUCCGACGGCGGAGUCCGCCUGGAGCUCACCCCGAGCGCCGCCUCGCCGCUGGCCUUCGACUUCGAGGAGUCGGCCGAGACCAGGAUCCAGCGCCUGAUUUCGGAGAAUCCGGUGGUCAUCUUCAGCCGAUCCGGCUGCUGCAUGUGCCACGUCAUGAAGCGCCUCCUCUCCUCCAUCGGCGUCCACCCCACCGUCAUCGAAUUGGACGACGACGAUGAAAUCGCCGCCCUGCCCACCGCCGCGGGCGGCGGCCCCCCUGCUGUGUUUAUCGGCGGAGCUCUCGUUGGUGGCCUGGAGAGCCUCGUCGCCCUCCACCUCGGCGGCCACCUCGUCCCUAGGCUCGUCGAAGUUGGUGCUCUCGGGGUCUCGGUAUUGUAAUUCUGGUUUCCUCUCGUGGGUACUGUUGUAAUUCCCUUCCAUCAAAACCCCCCCUCCCUCCUCCUCCUCCCCCCCCCCCCCCCCACCCCCCAACCACCAAAAAAAAAAAACCAAGUCAAUUGGUAGUGAAAAAAUAUAUAUAUAUAAUUAGUUUUCUAAUUUGUUUUUCUGAUCAGUGGGUACCUUGUAGUAAAUAGCUUUAGACUUUGUGCAUAUGAUCAAGAAAUGAAUGGCUAUGAUAAAUGGGUUCUCUCU